AUGUCCACAUACGCUAUCAUAGGUGCCACCGGUAACUGUGGCACGGCCCUCCUUGAAAUAUUGUCACGGGACCCCACCCUGACGAUCCGCGGGUACUGCCGCAGCCGGGCCAAACUCCUGGCCCUGUCGCCCUCCCUCGUCAACAACAAGUGCGUUGAGAUCUUCGAAGGCAACAUCGACGACGUAGGACUCCUGUCGCAGUGCGUGCAGGGUUCCAAAGCCAUCUUCCACGUGGUUAGCACCAACACGAACAUCCCAGGCUGCAACGUUGGGCUGCAGACGGCCCAGACCCUUGUUGCAGCCUUGCAGCAGCUCCAGACAGCGACGGGCGGCGCUGUGUCGCUACCCAAGAUCGUGCUGCUAUCGUCAGCGACCAUCGAUGAUCAGCUGUCGGAGAAGAUACCGUGGCUCGUGCGGGCGAUGCUAUUAACCGCAUCCAAGCAUGUUUACGACGACCUGCGACGGACCGAGGCGUUUCUACGCGAUCAGCACGAUCUCGUCACCACCAUUUUCAUCAAACCGGGGGUUCUAUCGGUCGACAAGCAGCGGGGCCAUUGUCUGGACCUCCACAGCGAGGAGUCGUUCGUCUCGUACCUGGAUUUGGCGGCGGCUAUGGUCGAAGCGGCGGACGACCCUGACGGCCGGUACGAUAUGAAGAAUGUGAGCGUGAAAAACACAAAUGGCAGUGCCCGGUUCCCUCUCGGGACAGUUGGCUGUCUCUCGACGAGUUUGCUGCGGUACUACUUUCCUGCCUUGCACCCCUAUCUGCCUACUCCGGGGCCACGCUAG